GCCACGCAGCCUGUGCGAAAAUCCAGCCUAUUAAACUGAUGGGGAAUGGAAUGGGGAAGUAUGGAAGAACUCUCGUCUGAUUACCGAUCAUUAUAAAGCUAUUAAAACGCAUCGAUGUGUUGGGCAAAUGGUCGGAGGGGGCGUCGGCAAGUUAUGUAUUUGCGUAGGCGCUCUUAAUAUUUAAUGUUUCAAUUAGAAUGUCAUUAUCGGAGACAAGCUGAAUGCCCAAUGGGACAACGGCUCAAAAGACAAUUCGAAGGACGCAGGCACAAUUUGGCUGGCCUUGCAAGUGGAGGGGCGAAGGAAAUAGAAAGGGAAAGGAAGAGGAAGAGGGAAAGGCCAUAGGUCAUGGAAGUGUGGGAGUGUGGGAGUGGGGGCAUAUUUAAUGCUGCACUAAAAGUUGAACAAAUUGCCCCACUUGCUGUAUGUGUGUGGCAGCAACAACUGACUGUUUAUUGUCCACUCAGACGGCGUUGACUUUGGCUCAACUUGACCUGCUGCUGCUGCUGUUGCUGCUGCUGCACAUACAUUCAUAAUAUACGGCCCCAUUGUUAUGUGUGGCCAGCUGUGUGUGGAAUCAAUGUUAUCCUUCUCCAGUCCGACUACGAAUGCGAGUGCGAGUUGAGCAUUUAGCAAUGAAACAAGGCUGCCUUGAGUUCAGUUGAGUUGAGUUGGGUCCGAGUUAGGCGUAUGCAAAUUAGUAAGUUUUGUGGUCUGCGUGAUUUGGGUGUGUGAAAUUCGCCCUUUGCUUGUUACUCGUACAAGCCAUUUGGAGCCGUCGCCUGCAAGUUGGCCAUCACAAGGGAAUUGAGUCUUGAGCUUUGCGUGUGCCUCUGGCUGCCUUCUGCCUCUAAUCGCGCUCAGCACGUGAGCUUCGCGUUCCACGUUGAGACGUAUCUGACAAUUAAACCCUUGCUCUAUAUCGAAGGAUAUCCCUAAUUCUGGUGUUAAUUUCUUAUGCUUAAUUACCAAACUGAACUUUUACUCCUUUAGCCAACAACAACAACACAAGACUUCGGUGGACACUAUGAACGUCAUCAGCAGCAGCAACAUCUUGAGGCAAUAAUGACAAUAGCAUGACGCGCGACGGCGAAAUUCCAGCCAUCUUCAAUCCGAAACGCGUGCGCACUCCAUCUGUGGUGGUCACCGGCGACUCCUCCUCGAAUGGUCCCUACAACAACAACAACACAAGCGGCGGAGGUGGCGGUGGAGGCCCAACAACUGUAGUUGGCAAUAAUGGCACCACAGGCGGGGGAGGAGCGGGUGGUGGAGGCGGUGGCGGUGGCAUCGCCAGCAGCAGCAGCGUUGGCGGCAUCGGUUGUGGCUUUAGCAAUGUGCUCACCUCAAGCAACCCGCAAAUAACCCACCAAGAUUCAAUAUCAUCCAGCCAACAGGAUCCCAAUGAAGUGAUUACCAUCCAAGCGGACACACCAACUGGCACACAUGGUUCCCAACACAACUUUGGCAUCGGUGGAGUUGUCGGUGGCGUUGGCGGUGGUGAUUCGAGCGAUACACAGACUGCCACCCACCUGGCCAUCGAUCAUCCGCCCAAUGGGCAGACUGUCGAGGAUGGCGAGGUGCGGUUCCGCAAGCUCAAGGCCUGCCAGGAGAGCUGCUGCUCCGAGUUGGCCAAAAAGAUGUACUUCGGCGUCUGCGUCACCAUUUUGGUAACUGCCUCGUGGGUGGGCGCCACACACUGCAUCAAGUACAUGUAUCUGUAUCGUGCACCCUACGACGAUGAGCUGGACGAUGAUCUGGACACAUCGUCGAGUCGCGCUGAACUGAGCACCGAACUGGAGGACAUACUGGCCAUAAGCGAUUCAUCGCUGCAUCAUGUCGAAGACGCCACCGAGAUGUUCAACAUACCACCGCGACAGCCCGUCUACUUUAGUGCUCCGUUCUUUGCCGCCUGGUUCUUUACCAACUUCUCACUGCUCUUCUUUCCCAUCUAUAUACUGGGCCUGAUAUCUGCCCGCAAGUGCGAUAAGCUCAGCGAGAUUCUGGCCGAUGUGCUGCGGGGAUUUCGCGAGCGUGGUUUUACCAUAGGUCGCUUCCUCAAUCGCUGCCUAUCCUUUUGCAUCCUGUGGCUGGUGACUACGUAUCUGUAUACACUGUCGCUGCACGUACUCUUUGCCACAGAUGCAUUGGCGUUGUUUGCCACAAAUGUUGCCUGCGUCUAUCUGCUCUCCUGGGUCAUACUGCAUGAGCAAUUCGUCGGAGUGCGGAUUGUGGCUGUUAUCCUGUGCGACACGGGCAUCGCACUGUUGGCCUAUAUGGAUGGCAUUACGGAGAGUCGCACAUUGGGCGGCGUUGUUCUGGCCACGUUAGCUGCUGCCGGCUAUGCCGUGUUUAGGGUUAUGUUCCGCAAGGUGAUGGGCGAUCCGCCGGUGGGCCAAAUCGCGUUCACAUUCACCGCACUCGGUCUGCUCAAUGCUCUGCUGCUGUGGCCCGUUGUGCUGGCCCUUUACCUCACCGGAGCCGAGAACCUGUCGUCGGAAAGCAUACCAUGGAACAUUUUAUUAGCAGCAAGCGUGCUGCUUCUGGUUUUCCACGUACUAAUGCAGUUCAGCGCCGCCGUUACCUACAACAUGUUUGUGACAUUGGGUUUGAUAACCGCUGUGCCCGUUUCUGGCGCACUCGACGUCAUCCUGUACAGUGCGACAUUUGCGGGCAUGAAACUCGCCGGGGUUAUUCUGAUUGCCAUUGGUUUUUUCCUCGUCAUGUUCCCCGAAAACUGGCCCGAUUAUAUAACACGUCUGCUACGAAAGAGCGUUCGUGCCAUACUCCGUUACCAAUGUUGUUGUGAAUUAGCCGAAAUUCGCUAUGCUCAUUCGAAGCAUCAUAAUGCUGGGUCACAAUGCGAGAUGGGGUCGCGGCCCUCGGAGCGGUACUUCAACAGGUCAGCAUCCCACCAUUAUCGACUAUCGGACGGGAUACAUAAGGUCCCAUCUUCGUUCACCCUCUGGCCGUGUGAGAUGACUGAUCUAUCGCCAACUACAACUGGGUUUCUGCAUGGCGGCAACACCAACGCCAACGCACACCACCAACAUCCGCCACACCACCACAGCCAACACCAUUUGCAGCAACUAUUCCAACAACGUCACCACAGCCACCAUCAAAGUCAGCAGCAUCAGCAACAGAAUUUGCAACGCCAGCACUCGCACACAUCCCUCACCAUGAUCCAUCGACAGAGCAGCAGCCACAGCGUCCAUGGCCAUGGAAGUCGGCGGGGUAGCGGCGGCAUUCGUGCCCCGCCCUCGGGCACUGGGCGACUCUUCUCCUACUUUGGCAACGAGCAUGAGCACGAACACGAGCGCAAAAAGUCCGAGACAUCGUUCUUCAAUUUGGGAUUCAGACGCAAAUCCACCGUGGUUUAUUAUGCGCCCACAGAAUAGAAUGAUAAUCAAAAAAGAAAAAGAAAGAAGCUAGGCAAUCGUUAAUGUUUAUCGUUAUCGUUAAUCGCGUGUAUCGAGUGAGGAUCGUGCAUAUCAAAUUUACCUGCAUUUGCAAAUACAAUCAGGCACCUUAGCAGUUACUAAAACACUGACAAAAUUAAUGGUUGCGGUGUACUUACUUACUAUAUCAUUAUCGGAAGUAGGUAAUUUAAUUGUCAAUGUUGUUAGUUGUGAAGAAAAGAAAACAAAAACCACACAUACAGUUCGAAUUUUUGCUCAAAUAUUAAAUAAUUAACACACAUAUUAUAUUACGCUACAAUUAUCAAAAUAUACAGAUAAAGCUACACAGAUUCAGAGACAUAGCUCAUGAUCUACACACACACACACAAGAUAUGUUUAAAAUUUCAAAAUGUCACCAUGUGGAAACCCAAGCACAUUGUAACCCAGAACCAGAAGCAAUGAUACUCGUAGAGUCUUGAUCAAAUUGAGCUCAAAUGAAAUGCCCCUGAAUGUUGUUAACUAAGAUUAGUAAACUCUUUACUGAUAUACGAAAUAAUUUAGUUCAAAAUUCAAAAUCUCGAAAUGGAAAAUUGAAUGAAAUAUCGAAGCCAAUUGUUUUUAGCAAUUAUAUACAUUAAACUUAAAAUUAACGAAAUCUACAAGAAAAAAACAAUAAUAAUACAAAAGAAAUAUUUUAAAAGUAAACCUUACACUGCGGCACAUCUUUAUAAGUCUAGAGAAAUUCGAAAAAAAAAAGAAAUGAGACAUCGUUACAACAAAAUUAAGAUAGGCAUCACCUAAAUUUUAGAUACACCUAGAAAAUAUGACCCGUUUAGUUGUAAGCUCAUUUGUAGCUACUAGAGGCCACAUGAAGUUCCAACAAAAAAAUUAAAAAUAAAAAAAAAUAAGGGCAGAUGAAAUAGUUAAUUGUUUUCAAAGUUUGGCUUGUGUUAAAUGUUAAA